AUGUUCAAGAAGAAGCCUACUAUCAAAAACCUCUCCCCUCUACGGUCGUCGGACCGGAGGAAGAUCGCCGACCAAAUCAUCAAAGACUACCAGAUCACCGUCCCGACAGCUGCGGCUGAAAUCCCCGCCGAAGGAGCGACUACGCCAACGCUCGCUUCAAUUCGAAAUACCCUUCUUCCGGAAAAUGCCUUGACUGCGCGCUUUACAACAACGGCAGGUCCUGAUCUGCGUGAGGUUCAGGGUAUCGUGUACGUUGGCACACAUCCAGAUGGAGACGAACGAGUGCUCUGGUUCAAGGUCGAACAUGGGCCCGGGUCGGACAAGCGCCUCUACCCAACGGUUUAUACUUUAUGGCACAAUUCAAACUUGGUGCCUUUGCUGUAUACUCCGGAAAUGGUUAUGCGGAAGCUUCAUGGCGGUGCAGACCUUAUGACGCCUGGGUUGGCAAAUGAGCCACCCUUCCCCGAGCGAGCGGUCAAGGGAGCAGUGGUUGCUGUGGCCGGGCUGGAUAAGCAUACUGUGCCUCUAUUUGUGGGUGUUUGUGAGAUUGAUGUCUCUGCAUUGGGAGAGGUCCAAGGCACCAAGGGUCAUGCCGUUCGAGGUAUUCAUUGGGAAGGUGAUGAGCUGUGGGCUUGGAGCUCGUCAUCCCGGCCUGGUCGUCCAGCUCCGGAGUACCUGAAGGGCUGGGAUGAAGAGGAAGAUGAUACUGAAGAGGUGGAGGAAGCUGUUGGUGCGCUCACACUCGAAGAGAAUAGCGAUGAAGUUAGAGAGGCUUCAGAUGAGGCUCCUGUGGCUGAAGAAGAAGCGCCCGCGGUGCAGGAAAAAGAGCCCACAACCAAAGAAAUUGAUGACGCCUUUGUCAAUGCUUUCAUCUAUGCUAUCUACAAGCUCAAGCAGGACAACCCAUCAGUCCCCAACCACGGCCUCACACUGCCCGUCUCGCCUUCAAUCUUGAUCGCCAACCUCGUCACACCUUACCUCCCCAUCUCAUCCGCACAACAAGCUCAAUACUACAACAUUAAAAAGACCAGCUGGAAGAAUGUUAAAAAAUUCAUCAAGCAUCUCGAUAAGAUGCAACUGGUCAAGUCGAAGGACCGUAGCGGCCAGGAGACAUACAUCCUGGACAUCGAUUUCGGCGACCGCCGCAUCGAGCAAUUCGUCCCAUACAAGCUCCCAUCAAAGAACGCCCUCGAGUCCUCCGCCAAAUCCUCAACCUCGGAAGCAGCCAAAAAGCCCACCGCAGCGGACGACGCCGAUCACACCGUGGGACAAACCCUAAACGUCCAAACUCUUUACCGACCAACAGCAAAACUAACCCCAGACAUCUUCCCGGCCUCAUCAUCAAGCAACCCCAAAAACUACUACAAAUACACCGACGUCUCCACCCAUCUAGACCAAUACCUCCAAUCACAAAACCUCAUCUCCCCCGAAAACCGCCGCAUCAUCAAUCUAAACCCCUACCUCGCAAACACAAUCUUCACUUCCUCGUCCCCAGAAGACCAAGGAACUCUCAAACGCGGCAAAGUCACCCGCGACGGCCUCCUCAAGCGCCUGCUAGAAGACCACACCUUCUUACAACCGCACUACGCCAUUCUGAAGCCCGGCCAGACCCUCGCAGACGUUAAGCCCAAGGCUGGUGCUACGCCGAAGGCCCUCGUGACGCUGGAGAAACGCACGGGAUCCAAGACUGUCACUAAGGUGACUAAUUUGGAGAUCUUUGGGAUUGUGCCGAGUCUUUUGGCGGAGGAGUUGCAGAAGAAGUGUGCUAGUAGUACUAGUGUGACGCAGGCUGUUGGUGCGCCGAAGGGGGUUAUGGAGGUUCUUGUGCAGGGGGAUCAGAGGAAGAUUGUUGACAGUGCUCUUUCGAGGAGGGGGUUGAAGAGUCAGUGGGUGGAGGUUGUGGAUAAGACUAAGAAGAAGAAAUAG